AUGAGUUAUAUGAACCGAAUCUUUAAACCACAUCUAGAUCAGUUUGUAGUGGUGUUUAUUGAUGAUAUUCUAAUCUACUCCAAGAGUAAAGAAGAGCAUGCAGAGCAUUUGAAGAUAGUCCUACAGAUUUUGAGGGAGCAUCAGUUAUAUGCCAAACCCUCCAAGUGUGAGUUUUGGUUACAUGAGAUCCAGUUUCUUGGACACAUCAUCUCAUCUACAGGAGUGGCUGUUGAUCCGAGUAAAAUUGAAGCUGUGCUGGAUUGGGAGAGACCCAAGAAUGUUACUGAAAUCUGGAGUUUUCUGGGUUUAGCAGGAUACUACAGGCGGUUUAUUAAUGGAUUCUCCAGAAUCACCUUACCAUUGACUAGAUUGACCUGUAAGGGGGUGCCAUUUGCAUGGACCCUUGGGUGUGAUGUGAGUUUCCAGGAACUAAAAGAUAAGUUUACUACCGCACCGGUUCUGAUUCUUCCUGAUCCAGAGAAGAGAUUUGAGAUCUAUUGUGAUGCAUCCAAGUAUGGAUUAGGGUGCAUGUUGAUGCAGGAGUGA